CGGUUUCCUCACGCAGUUCAUCAUCUUCAUCACUAAGCUCUGAACUCUCAGUGUUUUCAGAUCUGUAGAGUGAGAAUUUGAGGAAGAAAAAUGGAGGGGAAGGAAGAGGAUGUGAGGUUGGGGGCCAACAAGUAUACAGAGAGGCAACCGAUAGGGACAUCAGCACAGACAGACAAGGACUAUAGGGAGCCUCCACCAGCUCCACUGUUUGAGCCUGGUGAGCUUCAUUCAUGGUCGUUUUGGAGAGCUGGGAUUGCCGAGUUCAUGGCGACCUUCCUCUUCCUCUACAUCACUGUCUUGACUGUUAUGGGUGUUGUCAGGUCCCCCAGCAAGUGUGCCACUGUUGGUAUUCAGGGUAUUGCUUGGGCUUUUGGGGGUAUGAUCUUUGCCCUUGUCUACUGCACUGCUGGUAUCUCAGGAGGACACAUAAACCCAGCGGUGACAUUUGGCUUGCUCUUGGCCAGAAAGCUGUCUCUAACCCGAGCCGUGUUCUACAUGAUCAUGCAAUGCCUGGGCGCCAUCUGUGGCGCAGGUGUGGUGAAGGGGUUCCAGGGACAUCAGUAUGAGGUGUUGGGUGGUGGAGCCAAUGUUGUGGCUGCUGGCUAUACCAAGGGCGAUGGGCUUGGUGCUGAGAUUGUUGGCACUUUUGUUCUUGUCUACACUGUUUUCUCUGCAACUGAUGCCAAGAGAAAUGCCAGAGACUCACAUGUCCCUAUUUUGGCUCCUCUCCCAAUUGGGUUUGCAGUGUUCUUGGUUCAUCUGGCAACCAUCCCCAUCACUGGAACCGGCAUCAACCCUGCUAGGAGUCUGGGGGCCGCCAUCGUCUACAACAAAGAGCAUGCCUGGGAUGACAUGUGGAUUUUCUGGGUUGGACCCUUCAUUGGAGCUGCUCUUGCUGCCUUGUACCACCAGAUAGUAAUCAGAGCCAUCCCAUUCAAGUCCAGAGCCUGAGAAAUUCCUCCAUUUUCUGUUUCUUCUUUUAUUUGCUGCUUCUAUCUUCUUCUUCUUGUUCAUCUUCCUCCUCCUGAAUCUGGAUUGAGCUCAGAAUAGAGGUGGGGGUGGUUAUUAUGUGUAUAAGUUUAUCUGGGCUGCUUCUAUUACAAUGGGCAGCUUUUGAAUGAAAAGGAAGCUUCCAUCUUUAAUGGCUUCUUCUCUCGCA